CCGACACUGUAGCUUCUAGAUAGAUGUACCGGCCUUCCGUGGCCUACUUGGUUCCCACCUGUGUUCCCAGUCGGUUCCCACAAUUGAGCUCAUAGGAUUAUGCCCUCGAAAACCUAGGAAUCCAGCAUUUCUACGUCAAUUCUCAGUUCCAUGGCGAUCCGCAAUGUCUCUCUUGCGCAGUGGCUCAACCCAGUACGCUCAAGAAUUGCAGGGAUUGCAGAGAGUGGGAAAAGUUGGAGACCUUUGUUGUCUCGUGUUUCUGUUGGAGUUUUUGGGGCCGAGAAUUGGUGCAACCAGAGUGCAGAUGUGUGUGGCAGUGGCGGUGUGAGCUAUGGACCACGAAGUAUUCAGAGGAGGUGCCAAAGUGGAAUUGCAAGAGCUGGGACAUCGGUCUUGACAGCUUCCAGAGUGGAGACGGGGUCCAGCUACGUGCGCGUUAUGGGUCCUGGCAAGGGUGAUGCAAAUCUCGCAGGUAUUGGACACCUCCUCGUCUUUGACGAAUUCUUUGAGUUUCCCAACUCCACUGGUCUCCGGUUACGCGAUCCCAAUACUUUGCUGGAAUCUGUCAUAUACUACUGCGAUGAAUCGUCGGCUGUGGGGCUGGGUGAAUUCAAUGACGCAGAGGAAUUUAGACCCCGCCAUGGUGUUCACCUUUACUUCAAAUCAAACCUGCGUUCUAUGAACCAAGAAGCUACUUCUGGUGGAUUAGCAAUGCAUGACGGGGACUCUUGCGUCCUGGAGACAGGCGGAAGCCUUGUAUUGCCCGUAAUUGAUCACGUGCGAGAUGCUUCGUCAAUAGAUCCGACCAUCAUUGAUAAUGUUGCUGCUGUCAGAGUGAUUGCGGGCAACUUCGGCAAUGUCUCAGUGGGGCCCCCGCUUCAUGACUUUAUUAUGCUGGACGUGCGAAUGCGGCCUGGAUCGGAAAUGUCUCUGCCUUUAGACCCACGUUUUGGAGUUAUAAUUUAUAUACUCGAGGGAGUGGGAAUUUUUGAACCUAAUCGGUUUGAGGAAGACGAGAGACCAUUUUAUCAGAAUGAGGGCCACGGGUUGUACAUACCUUCUUCACAGAAGCAAGCUAGUACAACAAUACGAACACACGAGUGGUCGCAAUUGCGUUUUAUACUCGUUGGAGCCCCUACAGUCUGAGCGGUGGUUCCAAAUGCUACCUUGACACCUACUUGAUUUUCAAAAUUUGAUUCUACCCUACUGUGCCUAUGAUUUUCUACAUCACUUGUAACUUCCCUAAUAAAUUUCUACGUCACACCUCGCAUUGAUCACAAGUUUCCAAUUUCACAGAA